AGAGUACGAUAAACAACUGUACAAAAAUGGAGAGAGAGAAAAGUUGACCAAUGAUCAUAAGUUGGUAAAUUAGUUGUAAAAAUUAAUUAUCAGCUUAAUUUUAACACCGUAGUCCAUAUACUGCUAAAUACUCCAGACAAGCAAUCUCUUUUCACUAUAUAAUCUAAAAGUCCGUAGACUUUUAUUGCUACUCCAUUUUGUGUCCUCCUCAAUUUCAUCGCCUCUUAGAGCAAAUGACCAAUCCAACUCCUAUAAAAUUCCAGGAAAGACAAGGGUUUUUUCAUUCAUUACAGUAACUCAAAACCGUUGUGUGUUGUACGUGUAAUUGUGUGUAUACAGAGAGAAUUAGAUUGUCUAUUUGCCCCCAUGGCGCUGGAGAGUCCAGUACCCGAAAUCCGACAGAGUCCGGUAAGGUACCCGGAAGUUAAUUUGUCGGGUCUGAAUUUGAAUGAGGAAAUUGAAAGUCCAUUAACGCCGCCGGCGAGAGUCGCCGACGAUAUGAUAUAUGUCGCCGUCGGGAAAGACUUGAAGGAGAGUGAACCUGCUCUGAAGUGGGCUUUGCACAAAUCCGGUGGAAGGAGAAUUUGCAUUCUUCAUGUUCAUACUCCAGCUCAGAAGAUACCCAUGAUGGGUACAAAGUUUAACAUAGAUCAGUUGGAUGUGCAUCAAGUCAGAGCAUACCAUGAGAAGGAAAGGCAAGACAUGCACAAGAUUUUGGAAAAAUACAUUCUGAUUUGUGGACGAGCUGGGGUUCGAGCUGAUAAACUAGUUGCUGAAAUGGAUUCAAUUGAGAAGGGCAUAGUCGAGCUUGUAACGCAGCGUGGUAUAAGGAAGCUUGUUAUGGGAGCUGCGGCAAACAAGUGCUAUUCAAAGAAAAUGACUGACCUUAGGUCGAAGAAAGCCAUCUAUGUGCGGUUACAAGCACCUACAUUCUGUUGCAUCUGGUUUGUAUGCAAAGGGAACCUCAUUUAUUCAAGGAACCUCAUUUAUUCAAGGGAAAGUAAGUCAGAGAAACCUAAUACGGACAGCGUGUCACCGUCAAUUCCAUUAAGUCCAGAAAAUGAUACUGUUCUAAGAUCAAGAUCUGUUACAGAGGGUUACAACGAACAAGUAGAGCUCAGGGGACCUUUCACCGAAUAUCGGAGAGCUGCUUCUGACAAUCACAGGAUAAUCUUCUCUGGACUUUCCUCUGGUGGGACUUUACGGGCUAAUUUUCCAAGCAUGAGUUCAGAUAGAAGUCCCUCAGUGGCUUCACGGUUUUCAUCAAGUUCAUAUGGUGAAAUGGUUGGUGAUUCACCUACAAUUUCCCUUGCAACAACUGAAGGGAAUGAGACUGCAAUUGACUCAUCCGCACUGCACCACUUCAUUCUUGGUCAUCAUCAGCCAUCUUCUCCAAGUAUACAGGUAAAGAGUUUAAAUGAUGAGCCAGCUGGAAGCAUGAAUGAUGAACUAUUGGAUAGACUUGAGCAGUAUGUCGCGGAGGCAGAAGAUGCAAGGCGAGAAGCUUUUGAAGAAUCAAUCAAGCGUAGGAAAGCAGAGAAGGAUGCAGUCGAGGCUAGACGAAGGGCAAAAGCAUCAGAAACAAUCUACGCCGAUGAGUUGAGGCAGAGGAGAGACAUAGAGGAAGCACUUGCAAAAGGCAAGGAAGAAGCUAAUCAAAUGAAAUCAAAGCUAAAUAAAAUGUUGGCAGAUCUGCAGGCAGCUCAAGCACAGGCAUCUUCGCUGGAGCGCCAACUCUUAAAUUCUGACACAACGGUGCAAGAGUUGGAACAGAAAAUGUUCUCUGCUGUCGACCUUUUGCAGAAGUACAGGAAGGAGAGAGAUGAGCUGCAGGUGGAGCGUGAUGAUGCACUCAAUAUAGCUGAGGCGCUGAGGGAACAUCACUCAAACGGGUCCUCGACUACAUCUGCAUCUGUAUUAUUUGCUGAAUUUUAUUUUCAUGAAAUCGAAGAAGCAACUCGGCGUUUUGACCCAGCCUUGAAAAUUGGAGAAGGCGGUUAUGGAAGCAUUUACCGAGGCCUCCUUCGCCACACUCAUGUAGCAAUAAAGAUGCUGCACCCUCAUAGCUCGCAAGGGCCCUCAGAGUUCCAACAGGAGGUCAAUAUUUUAAGCAAGUUGAGGCAUCCAAAUAUUGUCACUCUUAUAGGAGCGUGUCCAGAAGCAUGGGCUCUUGUAUACGAGUAUCUUCCCAACGGAAGCCUGGAAGAUCGUCUUACCUGCAAGGAUAACACGCCUCCACUGUCGUGGCAAACUAGAAUUCGUGUUGCAUCAGAGCUUUGCUCUGCUCUCAUCUUCCUCCAUUCCUGCACCACUCGGGGCAUAAUUCAUGGAGAUCUAAAACCAGCAAAUAUCUUGCUCGAUGCAAACUUUGUGAGCAAGCUUAGUGACUUUGGAAUUUGUCGAGUUCUCUCAGAAGACGAAGGUUCGGAAAAAAGUACAUCACUUUGUUACAGAACUGACCCAAAAGGCACAUUUGCAUAUUUGGACCCUGAAUUCCUCGAUACAGGAGAGCUUACUCCAAAGUCUGAUGUCUAUUCAUUUGGGAUUAUAUUACUUAGGCUGUUGACUGGGAGGCCUGCAUUGGGAAUAAAAAAUGAAGUCCAAUAUGCAUUGGAUAAAGGAAACUUGAAAGAUCUGCUGGAUCCAACUGCUGGAGACUGGCCGUUUGUGCAAGCCAAGCAGUUGGCUCACUUAGCUAUGAAUUGUUGUGAGAAGAACAGGAGGCUCCGCCCUGAACUUUCUUCAGAGGUGUGGAAGGUGCUUGAACCAAUGAGAGCUUCAUGUGGGGCAUCAUCUUUUAGGAUGGGUUCUGAAGAGCGUUGUGAAAUUCCAUCCUAUUUUAUUUGUCCAAUAUUUCAGGAAACUAUGCAAGAUCCAGUAGUAGCAGCGGAUGGCUUCACAUACGAAGCAGAAGCGUUAAGAGGAUGGUUGGACUGCGGACAUGACACCUCGCCCAUGACAAACCUUCCACUGUCGAAUACGAAUCUUGUUCCCAACCAUGCUCUCCGUUCUGCAAUUCAGGAGUGGCUGCAACAGCAUUGACAAAAGUGUUCAAGCUUUGUGAAAUUGUCUAUAGAAGUCAUUACACCUCCUCUUUAAUAUGUUUUUCAUGGAUGCUAAGCUCUAGUUUUACUGUAUAGCAGCACUACAAAAAUAUACUUCUAUACAGGUUUUGUGUACAUAGUGGCUUAAACUGGAAGUUAAAAGUCUGAGUAUAGACUGAAUGGUUUUAUAAACAUAUAUGAAAUGGAACAGAUCGACUUGUUUCCAUACUGAAUUUGCAACUCA